AAUUUAAUUCAAUCGGCAAAUGGCACUACUCUAGAUCUAAUGUAGAUUUCCAGCUUUUAAGCUAGCACUGUCUGUGUAGAGGAGCAUCCUAAAAUCAUCCUGUUUCCAGGGUGAUAGGAUGGAGGUGGGUGGGCAGCGGCACACAGGGUGACCUUACUGAGACUGUGUUUUGUAAUUCGGCAUCUGCCAUUCUGCAGCCAGGUGUUGCUCAUGAAGAGGAAACCAAGAUACCUCAGGUGUAGAGUGGCUCAUUGUUUGUUGUGUUUUUGUGUGGCUCUUACGAAACUCUAGCUUCAGCGUCUUCACUUGACUGUUUCUGACCUUCUGUCAUGUGACUCAUGGGAUCUUAGUGUGUAGUAGUUGUUUGGCUGUGAAUCACUGAAUCUGCUCAGGACAAUAGAGGUGUUAUUGUGGCAACCACAGCCUAGCUGAGAGGCAUUUAGUCCUCUGAUUGCACAUUAAAGUCGUUGGGGGAAGGAAAAAAAACACAAUUCAUUUACAUCUUCUGUAUAGAUUCUUUCUCCAGUAAUGCGAGGGUUUAAUUUGGAAAAAUGAACAAAAGGCACUAAUAUGCUGCAUAUUCUUGGAUUUUGUUGAACCAGUCAUUUGCUAGAGAGAAGGAAAUGUAAAUGCGCUGUUGUGUGCUCAGGAGUGUGGUUGUGUCUGUCUGUCUUUCUCUGUCACGCACACACUAGCAAACACGCAGAUGAAGAGGAGGUAGAGGUGUAGGAGGUAGAGAUGGAUGAUGGCAUUCAGACAGUUUAAAGAGGGGCAGCAGCGAGAUGCACAGAAAAGUUUGGAGAGUGCGGAGGAGGAAGAGUAAUUUCACCAGCCACUCCUGUGUCUUGUUACGAAGGUACAGGUUGGCAACUAGUCUGCCAGACUAUGCAUAUUAAAAUGAGAGAUACAUGAAAAGAGCAAUUAAAACUUUGAGAGCUUGCCAUAAAAGAUCAAAUACCUAAAAAAUAAACAACAUAAGUUAAUUAUUAAGUGGACAAAGGGAGUUUUGGUUGGGAGUCUGUGCGAAUUGCGAUCGUUCCUCCAGCCGUCCAGACGCCAAAGCAGCAAUGUUGAAUUUAGGGAUACAGUUUGUACAGCCAUCUGGAGAUGAGUAUGCGCAAAAGCUGCAUAUUCAUUGACUGAUAUUGUCACUGUCUGAGCCUUACAGACGUCAUUCUCUGGCAUACCAAACUUAGAGGGCAGAUGGCGGUCAAAGACGUCCCGCCGAACAUCAUGAGACCCACAGAGGCAGAACUAAUGCAGGGCAUGGUCUGGUGGCCUUUUGUCGGAGCCAACUGUUCUUCUAGCCUGAGGUGCUGGGACUUGGCUUGAUGUUGUACAGUAGCUGAGUCAUUUAGCAUCGACUAGUCAUUUCAGUAAUACUGGAAAUCACUCUUACAUUCGUUGCAUCUGUGUAUGCAGGAAAUAUGUAUAAGGUGUGAUUUUCAUUAAAGUUUACUCUAAGUUUUAUGUCUUUUGUGACUGACUUUGUUACCUAGAAUAACUAUUUACAUCUUUCCGUCAUAGUUAAUGUUGCAAGCACAUUAAAUAUGUCAUCGUGUUCUUUCACCACUUGAUAAUCACAGAGGACAACCAAGUAAAUGCCACACAAUUUCUGCAUUGCUCUAAAAUUGCUGUGCCUGGAAAAUUACUCUCAAAUAAGGUCAACUUGAAGGAGCUUCUUUUUUCAGUGAAUAAAGGACUGAGCUUGUGAGCACAAAGUGCUGGCUUGAGCUUGCGUUUUCUAUUUUUCUCUUCUUCCUCUGCUAUUAGUUAAGGACCAGAAAAUGUAUUUUUCCCUCCAAAAUGCCAAUGCUGCUGUAGUAAAAGCCUCAAUUUUCUGUGUUUUGCAACUCACUUUCAAUUUCGCUGCACAUUAAUUUGACAGCCUUAAUUUGUAGGCAGGACAAAAUUGUUUAUUUCUGGAAAUGACAGGCAACUGAAAUCAAUGUUCAUUAACGCAACCUUGCCUGCCUUAUGGCUGCAAAAAGACGUUUCGAUGCAUCACUCAGUGUUGCUGCUUGAGCUGCCGGUAUGUGAUGGAUAUGCACAGCUCCACGCCUUGACUGCCUGUGACAGCAAAUAUAAAUCCAUAAUUGAAGAGAGAUGUGGAUUUCACAUACGGAUAUAGGUACACUUCCUCAUUAAAUAGCAUAAUAUCCCAAGUUUGACUGCAAGAUAUGUCUCCCUGAAGCUAUACAGCUUUCUGUCAAUGGCAUCAUAUCUGCCAACAUGUAGAAAUAUUCAAAAAUCAGCAUUUUAAAUUGAUCUAAACUAAAUUCCUACAGUCUUCAGAGAGACCUUUUCUUAUAAACACGUAGACAGUUUGCAGCAUUCCUCAAAAAUGUUUAUUUUUUCCAUACUCACGAAUUUGCUCAGGGUUCAAUCACAUUUCAACCAUUCGAGAAGAAACUGGUUCUCAAAUCUCUAUUGCCCUCCAGUGUUGGUUUGACUAAAUCACAUCUCAGGACUCAGUUACUGUAGGUCUGCGGCUCCAAGUGAAAUUUUUGUCAUGCAACCUCUCAGCUGCAGCAAUCUCCCUCUGAAAAAGGUAAAAAUGAUCGAAAUCAAUAGAGACAAAAAUAACAAAUCAUUAGAGCUACGUGUAACUGAAUAAGACUGGGUUGAGAAUGUUGCAAAGCUACUUAUGAAGAAGUAUUGUCUUGUAACUUGUUUACAUGUUUAAUGAGAUGUUAGGGAGAUACAAGCUACACCAGUUUCAGUAAGGUUUGGCAGUUUUAUGAACCAGAAAUAGCACUUUUCGAUUGCUCUCUUAUUCUAGGGGCAUUUGUGCAUGUAAAAAAAAAGAUUUAGCUGAACUCUGCAGAUGCAAACUAUCUUUUAUCCACAUAAAUUUGGAAACAGGCUUCACUUCAAAGUCAGUAUUUACCAGAAGUCACCUACUUCUUGUGUUCAGGCAAAGAGGUUGAAAGUACAAGUUAUUCUUGAUGCGGACAGCAACAUGCAAAUCUGCCAAACAUCCACACGGCACUGAGAGUUUCAGGUCCCAAAUUGGAAAGUUUCACCUUGAUUAGGAACAGUCCUUUCUCACAGCAGACAUUUGAACUUGUCAAACAUGAGUGUAACUAAAAAAUAAUGGCUGCAUUCCUAUUAGGUAUUACACUGACCAGAUCGUCUCCCAUCUAUACUGGUUCUUUGGCAUGAACCAGCAGCAGCCGUGCUUUCUCCUGCAAAAACAAGUGGAAAUGUUGUGCUGUGAAAAAGGUCAGAAUGUUGUGAGGGAUCUUAACUUUCAGUUUCAGAAUGACUUUAUGGAGGAGCUUUUUGGCAGGAGGUGCUACAAAAACAUAUUUCUCAACACACGUGCACACACACGCACACACAUGCACUCACACGCACACACACGCACACACAUCAUUUUAUUUUCCAGAUGGAACCAAGAGAAAUUCAUGGGAUGUCCUUCCAACGUUUUCCCUCCCUAACUUAACAUCAUCCAUCAUCAAAGCCUGCUUAGAAUUGUGUUUGCUGCACUUCGAUCACCAUGAAGGCAAGUAGAUUUUGCACUUAGUAAAAGGGAAAAUACUAGUUUAUGCAAAACAUGUCAUAUGUAGUGCAGUAUAAUUAUUAUCUGAUUUCAGUGAGAAAGUGUUUUUGUAUUUAUUCUGUCUUAAUUGUAUCAGAAUUCUUCUCUUCUCUUCUCUUCUCUUCUCUUCUUCUCUUCUCUUCUCUUCUCUUCUCUUCUCUUCUCUUCUCUUCUCUUCUCUUCUCUUCUCUUCUCUUCUCUUCUCUUCUCUUCUCUUCUCUUCUCUUCUCUUCUCUUCUCUUCUCUUCUCAGAACAUUGCACAACUCUGUGCAGGAAUCUUGGCAUGGCUGCUUUUCCUGUUCACUACAAAAGGGUUUUGUCACCAGAGAGUUCAUUGUCAGUGGGGGCCUUUUGGUAGCUGGUCAGAGUGUGAUGGCUGUACCAAACAACAGACUAGAAGUCGAGCCAUGCAUGUCUAUGCUCAGUUUGGUGGGAAUCCCUGCUAUGGGGGGCGGACCGAGACCAGGUCCUGUGAAACCACACAAGGUUGCCCUUUAGAGGAUGGGUGUGGAAACAGGUUUCGCUGUCGAUCAGGGAGGUGUGUUAGCCAGUCUCUGGUGUGUAACGGGGAUCAGGACUGUGAGGAAGAUGGACAUGAUGAACGUGCUUGUGAAAAUAGAAACUUCAUCGUAUGUACAGUAACAGCUCCCACACCUAACAUUGAAGUCACAGGACGUGGGUUUGACGUAGUGUCAGGACAGAGGAGAGCCAGUGUCAUAAAUACAAAGAGCUUUGGGGGCCAGUGUCGCCGCACCUUUAGUGGUAACCAUGGAACUUUCUAUCGACUGCCCCUCAGUACUCUCAAGUACACCUUUUUGGUCUGUACCUCACUACUUAUUUCUGUAAAAGAGUUUUUAUUAUUCAUACACACUGUUGUGCUUAAUAUCCAGCUUUUUUUUAUCAUUCAUGAAGACUAACAA